ACCCCACCAGCUCUGCUCCUAUUGGUCCAGCGGAAGGUCAGCUGCUGCACCAAGGAUGCACGUGCGUCUCCGCGCAUUUCAAGAUCAAGAUGGCAGCCUCCGUGUGUCGGUGCUACGAGCUGGUUGGCAGACGUGCCUUGGCCCUCUGCUCUCGGCCUUUGGUCUCUUCGGUGUGGAGAGGAGAUGCCUACAGGAUACAUGGGAGCCCAGCUGCAGCUGUGCAGGUGCGAUAUGCCUCGGGACGUAAAGGUUUCCUGGGAGAAUUUGUGGAUAACCUGCGUCAGGAAUUCAGUAAGAAUCAGGAGAUGAAAGACAACAUAAAGAAGUUCAGAGAAGAAGCCAAGAGGCUUGAGGAGUCUGACGCUCUCCAACAAGCCCGCAGGAAAUAUAAAUCUAUAGAAGCUGAGACAGUGAAGACUUCGGAGGUAUUUAAGAAGACCUUUGGCUCUCUGUCAGACACCGUCAAGGAGGGUCUUGAGGAGGUGAGUCGUACUGAGAUUGGGAAGAAGAUCAGGGAAGGUGUGGAGGAGGCAGCAAAGACAGCCAUGCACUCUGCUGAGUCUGUGUCCAAAGGAGGAGAAAAACUGGGCAAAACUGGCGCAUUCAGAGCCAUCUCACAGAGUGUGGAGACCAUGAAGAAGGAGAUAGAUGUGGGUGAUGCCGGCCCUUAUAGAGCGCCAUCACAGCUGAGGAAGAGAAGUGAUUUCUCCUCCAAAGGAGCCGACAGCGACUCCAGAGUGUUCGAAGCCAACGAAGAGGAUAUGGGUGUCGUUCUCCACAAGGAUUCAAAGUGGUUCCAGCAGUGGAAGGACUUCAAGGACAAUAACGUAGUUUUUAACAGGUUCUUUGAGAUGAAGAUGAAGUACGAUGAAAGUGACAAUGCCCUCAUUAGAGCGUCCAGAGCUAUGACUGACAAAGUCACUGACUUCCUAGGUGGUCUUUUCUCUAAGACAGAAAUGUCUGAGGUGCUGACGGAGAUCGUGAAGGCAGACCCCACCUUUGACAAAGACUCUUUUCUCAAACAGUGUGAGAAAGACAUCAUUCCUAACAUACUGGAGGCUAUGAUCCGUGGAGAGCUGGAAGUGUUAAAAGACUGGUGCUAUGAAGCUACGUACAGUCAGCUGGCUCACCCAAUCCAGCAGGCCAGAGCAUUGGGGCUGCUCUUCCAGUCCAAAAUCCUUGACAUUGAUAACAUAGAUCUGGCGAUGGGUAAGAUGAUGGACCAGGGCCCAGUGCUGAUCAUCACCUUCCAGGCUCAGGUCGUCAUGGUGAUCCGCAGCCCCAAAGGAGACAUUGUGGAAGGGGAUCCGGGGAAAGUGAUGAGGAUGAUGUAUGUUUGGGCAUUGUGUCGUGACCAAGAGGAGCUGAACCCCAACGCAGCCUGGAGACUCCUGGACAUCUCCGCCUCCAGCACUGAGCAGGUCCUCUAGGAGGAGGAGGAAGAUGAGGAGGGGGGGACGCAGGUGAAAAGGUUGAUAUGGGACACAAACUAUGAAGAAGAGCAGAAGAUACAAGGAUGUGCCUGGAAGACCUGCACCUACAGACUCACACAUACAUUAACAUCUGAGUGCGCCCAUGCUGCUGUGUUAUGCCAGAGACUAUUUUUGCACACUCACAUUUCCGAUCGCUACCCAGAGGAUUCAUGUGCACAUGUAUAUAUUCAUCUACUCUAAGGUGCAGAUAUAUUCAUGAAGAUAGAGAUAAACUUCUAUGAUAUAUACAUCUGCCAAUUUGUGUGUUCGGUCACUGGUAAGUUCAGUGUUUUGGUUUCCAGGUGGAGUGUGAAUAUAGAACAUUUACAUUAAUUUAUGAAUGGACUCUUUCACCGACCGGCUUGAAGAAGAGCCUGUGCCAUUCGCCUCAUUGUAUUCAUGCAGUGGUACAGUCUAUCAAUACCAACCUGAUGGCUUCAUCCGAGAAGAUUGGUGGACGUUACACACGUGACUUUAACUGUUGACCUCGAGCUGUCACCACUGUUCGUCAAAUACUGUAAACAGGAAAUAAAAAUUGCACCUCGUUGCAGCAACCAACAUAGCUGAGUAGGACAGCAUGAGAGGCGUUGUCAAUCAAAGCAGGUCCUAUACUUAAAGUUAAGGAAGCCCUCAGCCAAUUGUAUACAUGUAGAUGAGUUUACUUGUCAUUUUGAGUCUACUCGGCUUGAGAAAACAGCUGCAUAAUGUCGUCUGUGGCUCUGGAGGGAGCUUUCUUCAAUUUUAUUAAAUAACCCUGAUAAUGUCAUCAGGAUUACCUCGGACUGGGAGACUUGAAACAAAAUUCAGCUGUGGUGGUUCCUGCUGGUUCUCAUAUGAGGAAACGUAAACUUAAAUACUUCUACAACAAGUAACAUGAAGUGUGUACCAUAUGUUCUACGUGAUCAGGGUCCACGCUGUCAUAUGUGCCGUAGGCCAGAGCGCCCAAUGCACUACAACCUUAGAACACAUCCCUCUGUUUGUAUUUGCAGUAAGUGCAUGUUUUCUCAUGUUGCAUUGUGUACUGUACACCCUUAAUAAGAAGAGAAGUAUGGUAUCUACAGCUAUUUGUAAAUAUAUUCAAUGUCGAGUACUGCUUCUUUGUAAGCUUGGGUGGGACCACAUUUAAAUAUGUCAUCAUGGCAGCUUUAUUGUUUGGGGAUAAUUUGCCAUCUCAUGUUGCACGUUGUUCAGCUGUAGGCCUACUACCGCGUCCUGUUUACUUUUAUGAAUGUGGCUUUUCAAGGGUUUAGUGCUGCAGAUGAAAACCUGGAACGAAUCAUGACUGGUCUGUUGUGUUAACUAUAUUUAACAUUUAUUCUGUGUGUGUGUGUGUGUGGGUUUCUACUCACGUCACCUAACAUUGAACACGUUAUGAUUGUACCGUAAGAAACGUCCAAACUUAUGAAGAGAAGCUCCUGAUGGAUUUCUUCAAUGCCCAGAUUAUACAGUGAGAAUCUUAACAUGUUUUGUACGUAUCAAAGUUGUUAUUCAUGGCCAGUGCAUGUGAUCUGAGGUGGUUUGUUAAUAACUAGAGUUCAUGACUAUCCCUGAUGGUCACACCAUGCUCAAAUAACAUCUUUUUGUCACGAGUCCCCAGGUGGGUGUUGAUAAUACAAUAUCCAUCACAUGGUUAGAAACAGUUUUCAGUUUUUCAGAAUCCUCUUUGCUUCGUUUUUGUCACUCCCGAGGGUGAAAAAUAAAACUCACUAAUUAAAGCAACCCUCAGCAUAAAUGUGAAAUACAAUUAGGAAACUCAAACAGUCGACGGGCGGACUCAUUGAUUAACAAAUGCUUUUAGCUUUUCCCUGCUUCCAGCUUGUCCACAGCAAAAUAUCUGAAUGGUAUUGGUCAGAUUGUCAUGAAAUAUGCUAUAGAUAUUUUUGGGCCCCAGACAAUAAAUGAAAAAUGAAGUCUUACCUUUCAUCUCUGUUGGGGUUUGAUCGCCGGGCAAUAUCAACAUUUUACUAAAAGAUUGCACUAAAUGUAUCAACAAACCCUUUCCAUGUUGGCUGAGCUUUCCUCUAGUGCCACUAUGAGCCAAAUGUCCUCAUAGCACAUUAAAAAUUGUUCCUCAUCAUAAAUAUUAAGAUAAAUCAUUUUGAUUUAAAGACUAUAUCACUUUUUCUCUAGCAAAGCUACUUGUCUGGCUCAACGGAUUACUUAACAUUUUUAGCCUUGGUGUGUUAUUGUGUAUAUUAAACAAAGUCACAAAUAUGAUCCAACUGUCAAACUGCGUAAGGAUUUGUUUUACCAGAUCAAAUCUGUUAAUGUAUGAACAUUUUUUAUAUUUGAUCAAAAUAAAUAUUCUUCAAUAACCCAACUGUCUAAAAAAAUAUAGUGUCAACAAUGUCUUGGUAAUAAUAUGGUUUAAAAAUGACUGUUGGCAAAUUAUUACCACGUUUUACUAUCAUUAUGAUACAUUUUACAUUUUAUAUAGUGUGUAUGAUUUAUGCCUUGCACCCAUCCUUUAUGUUCAUUAUUUCAUCUUUGAGUUGACCAAAGAAAUAUUUAUUCAUGAGUUCUAUUUUUAUCCAGUAACAUGUCUGUCUGCAGAAUAAAGCGUGCUGUAUUAUGAUUUGCUUCGUCCAAGCUUUCUUAGGGUCAGCAGCUUUGUAUGUACUGUGUGUGUUUGCACUCGCAAGAGAAAAUUAAACUCUGCACGUUG